AUGAAUCUAGAUUCCUUAUCAUGUGCUUUAGCCGAAAUCAGUUACUCUGUGGCCAAUCUAACAAAGAAAAAUUUCAAGGCGGUAGUGACUGAAAUCAACCAUCUUGUAAGUCAACACGGAGCGGAGGCCGAUAGACAUUUAUUUCGCUGCCUUUUUUCUCACAUCGAAUUCGGCGGAGACGGAAAAGGCAGUAAAGACUUUCAUCAGACUCAAUUUUUAAUUCAAGAGUGUGUAAAUCUGCUUUGUAAACCAGAUUUUGUAUCCAUAUUGUGUAACGCAAUAGACAAUCCCUUUCAACAUCAGAAAAGUUUGAAGCCAAACAGCCAGCUUUUUUCUAAUAUUAGUAAAGUUUUGAAGUUAAGCCGAGUACAAGAAGUAGCGUUUGGGUUAGCCUUAUUAAACUCGACCAAUCCAGGCAUCAGUACCCAGGCUGCUCAGUUUGUGAAACAGAAAGUACCAGAUUUAUUACAUUCGUAUGUAGACGCUGAUUCAUCAGGUAGACAAGAAGGCGGUUUACAGGAUACUGCUGUUGAAACCCUCCAUUUUCUUCUCACCCAUUUACUUCAUGGAAAAGGACAAUUUGGUGUCGGUGUAGAACAAAAAGAAGCUCUCCUUAAAGCCUUAAGAAGAGAUUUUCCACGUGAUCGAGUACCAGCUAUAUUAAAUCUUAUUUUAUACCCAGAAAUAGAAGAUAUCCCCACAAAUAAACUAUUUGACACUACCAUUUUACCCAGUUCAAUAAUGGUAGCCUCAUUAGAGUACCUAAUACAAGAAUCGGGCGUAGGAUGUACAGCAACGGUAGAAGAAUGUCGCAGCAAAUUGAUGCAAUAUGGAGUGAAGAAAAUCACCCCUGGUUCUGUGGCCAGGGUGUUAGGAAUGAUGGCCCAAUAUCCCAAUGGUGUGAAUGAAAGGGGGGAGGUGCCACCCCAAACAGUUACUGGAUGGAACGAUACACCAGGGGAGACCAUUUGGAAUGAAGAAAUCUUUGUCAUGGUCGUCAAAGACCUCGCACCACAUCUAAACUGGAAAGAUGUUGUGGCCAACUUGGAUUAUCCAGAAUUUAUGGUGUCCAACAGCAAAGGUUUACGUCUGUUAGUACAAGCCUUAUUUAGAGGACUGCAAGCCAUUUUUCCUGUAGAAUACAUUUACAAAUCAUGGAACAAUGUGGGAGGUCAACUUUCUUUCAUCAAUCAAGCCCUCAGGUCUCCAGAUAUUUUCAGCUUUGCCGAUUAUCCUGGGGAUACAGUCGUCAUAGACAUCUUGAAAACUACACCAAAUGAGGAUGAUCGUGACGUCAAGACCUGGAAGUCCCUGGAUUUAGUGGAGACGUUGCUGAGAUUGUCAGAAGUCGGCCAUUACCAACAAAUUCAUGACUUGAUGAAAGUACCAAUUCAGAAAUGUCCAGAUAUAUUAGUGCUAGCAUUAUUACAAACCAAACCAUCAUGGAAUAUUCUUAAGCAAGAAUUGAUUGCCAAAUUGAUGCCAAUUUUCCUUGGAAGCCAUACCAAUUCUGCAGUGGUUCUUCAUUAUGCCUGGCAUCAUCAAGGUCAUUCCAAUAACAUCAGAACUCUAAUAAUGCAUUCGAUGGCUGAAUGGUAUAUGAGAGGAGACCAGCAUGAUCAAAUGAGAUUAUCCAGAAUUUUAGACGUAGCUCAAGACUUAAAGGCCUUGUCAAUGUUAUUAAAUGCCACCCCAUUUGCAUUUGUCAUUGAUUUGGCCUGUUUGGCUUCGAGAAGAGGAUACCUGAAGUUAGACAAAUGGCUCUCAGACAAAAUAAGCGAACACAAGGAACCCUUUGUUCAAGCCUGUGUGAGUUUUCUGAAGAGAAGAUACCCCCAACUGGUAGGGGGACCGAUAAAAGAAGACCUGGCACAGAUGAAAAGCCAGCAGCUUUUGCCAGAGACAGUAGCCACCAUGUUGACUCAUCUUAAAACGUGGUCUGUUCAUGUUUCUCAAGAAUUAGCAGACGCCAUCACAACAAUGUACAACAAUGCCAGUUCCUUAUUCAAAGCCAGACAGGGACAACAACCCCCAGGACCAAAUACAACCCAGUUUCCCUCAACCAACCCAUUAGACGUCCUGUCAGGAAUUGGUGGAAUCUUGGCCCACAACCCAACAUCAUCACAGACUUCUGCAGCAUCUGCAUUCCCACAAUUGCCUGGCAUGAACACAGCAGCACCAGGCUCUCCAUCUAAGACUUUCCCAGGUGUCACCUCAACCAACCCGACAGCAGUCAACCCCAUACAGUCAUUACCAUCCCAGUUCCAGACACUCAACACCGGGGGCGGUCCUCCAGGAGACAUGUCUGGCAUCUUCCCUGAGAUGAAUCUCAAUCAACAGUUCAGUAAGGAUGUUGAAGACAAAGCCAACACAUACUUUCAACAGAUAUACAACAUGCCUCCGCAUCUGACCAUGACCAUUGAUGAUGUAUUGGAAAUGCUGAAAAGGUUCAAAGACUCUCAGAAUAAAAUGGAGAGGGAUGUAUUUGCCUGUAUGCUGAGAAACCUAUUUGAGGAGUACAGAUUUUUCCCUCAAUACCCAGAACGAGAACUCCACAUUACUGCCCUACUCUUUGGAGGAAUUAUUGAGCAAGGAAUUGUCACUUAUUGGACUCUUGGAAUUGCUCUAAGAUACAUCCUGGAAGCUUUACGUAAGCCUCAUGGCAGCAAGAUGUACUAUUUUGGUAUAGCAGCGUUGGACAAAUUCAAAUCCAGAUUAAAAGAUUACCCUCAAUAUUGCCAGCACUUAGCCUGUAUCCCUCACUUCUCUAGAUCCCCACAACAUUUGAUUGAAUACGUGGAGUAUGGUGCUAGAUCUAAGGAACCACCCCACAUGCCACAAGCACCCUGUUCACUGUCUCAGUCAAUGGCAGGGCUGACAAUACCUGCUCCCAAAUUAACACCAGCUGUUUCUGCACCAACACCAUCAACGCCAACAUCGUCUGGAGAAAUUUCCAAAGCAGCUACUUUCCAGAAGCCGUCAAUAGCUACUGCUACCAAUAUUGACACUCUGUUAGCUGGACAGCAGAAGGAUGAAGUUGCUGUUCCUCCUGAAGCACUUCAAGACAAAGUUUUCUUCAUCUUUAACAAUCUGUCUCAGUCCAACAUGGGUCAGAAGGGAGAAGAACUCAAGGAGCAAAUAGGAACAGAGUACAUCCCCUGGUGCUCACAGUACCUGGUCAUGAAAAGAGCCAGCAUUGAACCAAACUUCCACACCCUUUACUCUGGUUUUGUGGAUGUUUUAAAUAUCCCGGAGUUAACAGAUCUCAUCACUAGAGAAACCUUCAGGAACAUCAAAGUCUUGCUGAGAAGUGACAAAGGAGUGGCUAACUUCUCUGACAGAACUCUUCUGAAGAAUCUGGGACAUUGGCUUGGAAUGCUGACCUUGGCUAAAAAUAAACCUAUUUUACAAACAGAAAUAGAUCUCAAAUCAUUGAUAUAUGAAGCUUACCAAAAAGGAGCCCAGGAACUUCUAUAUGUUGUACCUUUCUCUGCUAAAGUCUUAGAAUCCUGUGCUAGGAGUAAGGUAUUUAAGGCACCAAAUCCAUGGACAUUAGGAAUCAUGAAUGUCUUGGCAGAAUUGCACAUGGAACCUGAUUUGAAAUUGAAUUUGAAGUUCGAAAUUGAAGUCCUCUGCAAGACACUGAGCAUUGACAUCAAUGAUCUAAAACCAACCAACUACUUGAAGGAUCCAAUGAGAAUUGCCACCAUAGAGCCUCAACUAUCUGCUCCAAGAAUUCAAGAUCCUGUAACAACACCAACACCACAGCCUUUCGGUGCAACAACCCCUAGUCUACCACCUCAACCACAGUACAGCUUCAGCGAAAUCAACACCCAUUCAUUGUCUGGUCUAGCUCAACACAUCAUCAUCAAUGAUCAGAUUGCUCUGUUUUACACCAACCCCAAUUUGAAGCAGUAUGUCAGACCAGCAUUAGAAAAAGCAGUCCAAGAGUUGCUGCCACCAGUGGUUGAAAGAUCUAUCAAGGUAGCUUUAACAACUUGCGAACAGACUGUCAAGAAAGACUUUGCCCUUGAUCCAGAUGAAGGAAGAAUGAGAUCAGCAGCUCACUCCAUGGUUAGAAAUAUAACAGCUGGUUUGGCUCUCAUAACUUGUCGAGAACCACUCUUCAUCAGCAUCAGCAACAACCUGAAGACAGCCUUCCUUUCAACUCUGAGAGAUGUAGCUAUCAAUGUCAUAGAAGAUGCUGUGCAAACAUUAGCACAAGACAACACCGAAUUAGCUUGUGCUUUUAUCCAGAAGACCGCAGUGGAUAGGGCUAUACCUGAAAUGGACAAAAGAUUAGCAACAGAAUAUGAUUUGAGAAAGCAUGCUAGAAGUGAAGGAAGAAGAUAUUGUGAUCCUGUGGUUUUAACAUAUCAAGCAGAAAGAAUGCCAGAACAGAUCAGAUUAAGAGUUGGUGGAGUGACGCCUCAACAAAUUGCAGUUUAUGAAGAAUUUGCUCGUAACAUCCCUGGCUUCUUGCCAUUGACAGAAAACACCAAUUUACCACCUGGCAUAACCAAACCAGUUCCAUCAUUUGCCCAGGAUGAUGUUAUGAUGAUUUAUGAAAAGAUUAUUAGAGAAAUCGAAACUCAUUUACAGUGCAUGAUGAAUAUGUCAACUGCCAACCCAAUGAUGGCACAACUCAACAGUUUAAUGGACUCCAUCAUGUUGGCCCGUCAAAACAGAGAAGUGAUCUCUGCUGCUGCAUUGGUGAAGAAAGCAGUGGAAGGACUUUUGGACCAGUAUACCAUGUCAAGUGCCACAGAUCAAGAGCUCUUCUUCAGAUAUAGAGAAUGUCAUCUCUUAGUUCUUCGAGGUCUUCAAGAUCCAAGAGCAUAUGGUCCACAAUGGGCUAUUAAGGAAGUCACCAACUGUCUCCUCCACUGCAGACCUGAACACAGAUACAACAUUGAUGCUGUGGAUCUACUGAUCAGAAGUCAGCUGGUCAACUUGCAAGAAUAUGACAACUCUUUGGCAGUUCUCCUGACUGGAGUCAGCAAUACACCAGUACAGUUUGCUAUGCAGAUUAUCCAAAGAUACGUUCUGGAUGAAAAGAGUCCAGUUCCUGAUGCAGAAUUCCCAAAUACUAUUGCAGCUUUGAGCCAUAAGGUUUCCAGAUCUGCUCGCCCACAAGAGGGACUGACAAAUCUCCUUGAGAUGAUUCGACAAAAGAGUCAACAGAAUACUGACAAUUUGGGAUUAGACAGAAAUUCGACUUCAGCUUACUCAUCCAUGCUGCAGUCUGGCAUCAAUCAAGCUAAAGAAUUUGAUGAUCCACCAGGCCUCCAUGAGAAGACAGAGAACCUGCUGAUAGAGUGGGUCAACAUGUACCACUCCCCACAAGCUGGACGUGAUCGCACCAAAGCCUUCUUCUCCUUCGUCCAAUACAUGCAUCAACAAGGCAUCUUAAAGACUGAUGAUUUGAUCUCAAGAUUCUUCAGGCUCUGUACAGAGAUGUGUGUAGAUCUCUGCUACAGAGCUUUGGUGGAACAGAACCAAAGUCCAACACUGAUUAGAGCCAAGUGUUUCCACACUCUAGAUGCUUUUGUACGUUUGAUUGCUCUACUGGUCAAGCACUCUGGUGAUUCUGGUAAUACUGUAACCAAGAUCAACUUAUUGAAUAAAAUCCUGGGCAUCAUUACUGGGGUUUUAAUGCAAGAUCAUGAAGUUCGAGGAACUGAAUUCCAACAACUACCAUAUCAUAGACUCUUCAUCAUGCUCUUUAUAGAACUCAAUGCUCCAGAACCAAUCUUAGAGAGCAUCAAUAUGCAGGUGCUGAUUGCUUUCUGCUCAGUCUUCAUGUUUCUACGUCCUGCUAAAGCUCCAGGAUUUGCUUAUGCCUGGUUGGAGCUGUUGUCUCACAGAGUGUUCAUUGGACGCCUCCUGGCUUUGACUCCACAGCAAAGAGGAUGGGGAAUGUAUGCACAGUUGCUGAUUAAUCUCUUCAGAUUUUUGUCACCUUUCUUAAGAAAUGCAGAGCUUCAAAAACCAACCCAUCUUCUGUACAAAGGAACAUUGAGAGUUCUACUGGUCCUGCUUCACGACUUUCCAGAGUUUCUCUGUGAUUACUACUAUGCUUUCUGUGAUGUAGUACCACCAAAUUGCAUCCAGAUGAGGAACCUAAUCCUUAGUGCUUUUCCCAGGAAAAUGAGACUUCCUGAUCCUUUCACUGCUAACCUGAAGGUGGAUAGUCUACCAGAUAUUACAGUGGAGCCCAGAAUACUACCCAAUUACGUCCAAAUGAUUCAACCAGCCUCCUUUAAGAAGGAUUUGGACUCCUACCUUCAGACCAGAGCUCCCAUCACUUUCCUGUCUGAACUACGCAGCAGUUUACAACAGAACCCAGAACCAAACAGUCAUCUGCAUUACAAUAUACCAUUGAUCAAUGCUCUGGUUCUGUAUGUGGGAACUCAAGCUAUAUCAUCAAUCCAAGCUAAAGGUCAGGUUACCAGUAUGGGCACCAUAGCUCCAUCAUCUCAUGUAGACAUCUUCCAAUACCUAGCAGUAAACUUGGACACAGAGGGAAGGUACCUGGUACUCACUGCCAUAGCUAAUCAACUACGCUAUCCCAACAGCCACACCCACUACUUCAGCUGUUGCAUGCUCUACCUGUUCGCUCAAGCCAACAACGAACAGAUCCAAGAGCAGAUAACUCGAGUCUUACUGGAGAGAGUCAUUGUGAAUCGCCCACAUCCUUGGGGAUUACUCAUUACAUUCAUCGAGAUGAUCAAGAAUCCAACUUAUAAAUUCUGGAAUCAUGAGUUUGUCCAUUGUGCUCCAGAGGUUGAGAAAAUGAUGGAGGGAGUUGCUCAGUCCUGUCUACAUACAACACGUGAACCAGAAAACCAUUCUGAAGUUCAUUAAACAAAUCAUUGGACUCAACAAAUGAUUCAAGGAGGACUUGAUGGACAAACUUGAAUGCAAAGUGUCUCUAACAAUUAUGAAAAGUGCUUAAUUUAUAUUUGUCAUUGUUACCAAAACUUAAUUUCAUCUCAUUUGGAAUAAUUUUUCCUGAAAAAAAAUCACAAAAAUUGGUGCAUUUCUUAAUGAAAAUGAUGAGAUAUUGAAAAAAGAUUAACAAAGACAAAAUAUUUUCUUUUUAAAAACUACAGGAGACUUUGUGGAUAUAUAUUUUUGACUCGAAAGACUUCUUUUUGUGGUUUGUGUUGAAAUUUGAGACUAUAUUCUGGGCGUAGGGAGCAGAUUAAGACUUUUUUUGAAGGGGAAAUUCACCCCAAGUUAUAUUUUACUUUAUUAUAAUAAUCAAAUUGGAAUAUUUUUGUUGAGUUUGUGACCACUAAUUUUUUGUGUUUUUCAUCACCACCUAUUGAAUUGUGGACACAAUCUGGUGCCAUUUGUCUGAGCGAAUAUCAAAUUUGCAACAAAUUGUGAAAGAUUGAACUCCAAAGAUGUUUCAUUUUUUACUGAGAAGAUAUUUAUUUGGCUUCUUAAUUAGUUCGAUACAUUUUGCUAUCUGAUUUAAAUGCAGAGCUGGUUGUUUCAUUUUGUGCUUUUUCUGCAGACAUCCAUGAUCUGAUUAUAUACUUCUGUAAAAUCAUGUUCUGUUGAAUUUGGACUCAAAAGCAUUCAGCUUGUUAUGACAUAGAACACAAGAUGCAUAACAGUUUAAUCAGAUCAUGAAUGAGAAUUGAAGUCACUGCAGAUAUAACAUGAAACUUAACAUGCAGUUUUGCAUUUUAAUCCGAUUGACUUUGCUUGGACUCAAUGUAAUGGAAAAGAUGUACAGGUUUAGCAUGAAUACAUGAGAUUUUCAAUGGGGGAAUAUCAAAUGGUUCAUUCUAAAAUACAAUACCACUUGCUUUGAUAUAUCUUCUCAAUGUUUGAAAUGAUUCAUUUUAUAUGGAGCCAUUGGGUUAGUGAAUGAAUUCUAAUUUCCCUAUGCCCUGGUAAUUCUCUAUGUAUAUUGUUGGACUAUUAUUAAGCACUGCUUAAAUAUGUAAAUAUGAUUCGCCUAUAUAUUAUCCUUACGUAAAAAUAUAGUUUUUGUUAGUUGCUUA